ACAUGACACGUCAUUCAACAGUAAGACGUUCAAACUGUUUGAGUCAUAAGAAAAGUGUCAGAAAGAAGAAARAUYUAGAGUCACACAGAGAAGUCCAGACACAACCCAAACCAUUUUGUUGUGAUGAAUGUGGUAAAAGAUUUACCAAAAAAUCAUAUUUAAACAAACACAUGAGGGUCCACACAGGAGAGAAACCAUUUGUGUGUGAGGACUGUGGACAAAGAUUUACCCAGAAGACAAAUUUUAACUCACACAUGAGAAUCCACACAGGACUAAAUAUGUUUAAUUGUGAGGACUGUGGAAAACGAUUUAGAUAUAGGACAAGUUUCAACAGACACACCAGAAUCCACACAGGACAGAAACCUUUUGAAUGUAAAGAUUGUGGACAAAAAUUUAGCCUGAAUACAAGUUUAAAUUCACACAUGAAUGUCCACACAGGAGACAAACCAUUUAAAUGUGAGGAUUGUGGAAAAAGAUUUAGCCAGAAAAUAAAUUUAAACAGACACAUGAGAAUCCAUACAGGACAGAAACCAUUUAAAUGUGAGGAUUGUGGACAAAAAUUUAGCCAGAAGAUAACUUUAAACAGACACAUGAGAGUCCACACAGGAGAGAAACCAUUUCAAUGUGAGGAUUGUGGACAAAGAUUUAGCCAGAAGAUAACUUUAAGCAACCACAUGAGAGUCCAUACAGGACAGAAACCCUUUGAAUGUCAAGAUUGUGGUCAAAGAUUUAGCCGGAAGAUAACCUUAAACUCGCACAUGAGAGUCCACACAGGACACAAACCAUUUGAAUGUGAGGACUGUGGACAAAAAUUCAGCUGGAGGACUAGUUUAAACUCACACAUGAGAGUCCAUACAGGACAGAAACCAUUUGAAUGUGAACUUUGCGCACAAAGAUUUAGCCGGAUGGUUACUUUAAACACACACUUGAGAGUCCACACGGGACAGAAACCGUUUCAGUGUGAGAACUGUGGACUAAGAUUUAGCUGGAGGACUAGUUUGAACACACACAUGAGAGUCCACACAGGACAGAAACCAUUUGAAUGUGACAACUGUGGACAACGAUUUAGCCAUAAAUCAAGUUUAAACACACACCGGCGAGUCCACACUGGACAGAAACCAUUUGAGUGUGAAAACUGCAAACAAAGAUUUAGCUAUAAAUCAAGUUUAGACAAACAUAUGAGAGCCCACACUGGAGAGAAACCAUUUGAAUGUAAGGACUGUGGCCAAAGGUUUAGUCAGAGGAACCAUUUAAAAAGACACACAAAAGUCCACAGGAAACAAAGCUCUCCUUUGCAGUGACUGAGGUCAAAGUUUUAGACUUGAGUCUGAUCACAYUAUUCUAUUUCAGAGGCUUGAACUUAAUAUUAGGAUUACAGGAACAGCUCUAAAAUGGUCUA